AAACUAAACUAAAGCGGCCGCCGUCGUCCUCCUCUUGUCUAUCUCCUCCAUCUUCCAAACCUAAAAAACAAACAGCCAGCCGACUGAGAGAUUUUCUUUCAUUCAUUUUACGAUUCAGCAGGGAGGGAGGGAAGGAAGGGAAGGUUCAAUCAGCCAGCAAGCAAAGCAAGCAAGCAGAUUGCAUAUACCGAAAAUGAUGGCAGUUGGUGUGUCGGCCCUGCAAAUAACUGCAGCAAGGCCGUCCGUUUUUCUUACACAAAGAACUCUCGGGGCUACGAUGGCAACUUUUGUACAUGAAUCCGAUAGAAUUUUGUCAUCUAAGCUUACCAGCUCUUCUCAUCUGUCAUCGGUGCUAAAUAUUAAGCAUAAGUGCACAACAAGUCGUCCUAGGUUUCAAAAGUUCGUUACGAGGUCGAUGUCAGAAGCUUCUGGAAGCAAGUCGGUUUCCCAGCUGUCCAUUGAUUUAAAAGGUAAAAGGGCGUUUAUUGCUGGUGUUGCUGAUGACAAUGGAUAUGGUUGGGCUAUUGCAAAAUCGUUAGCGGCUGCAGGUGCUGAAAUUCUUGUUGGAACAUGGGUGCCUGCCUUAAACAUAUUUGAAAUGAGUCUACGCAGGGGCAAAUUUGAUGAAUCACGGGUGUUGCCAGAUGGUUCUUUGAUGGAGAUUACUAAAGUUUAUCCACUGGAUGCUGUCUUUGAUAACCCCGAGGAUGUACCCGAAGAUAUUAAAACCAAUAAACGUUAUGCUGGAGCAAGUAACUGGACAGUGCAGGAAGUUGCAGAAUCAGUAAAGCAAGAUUUCGGUAGUAUCGAUAUUUUGGUGCACUCACUUGCCAAUGGGCCAGAGGUCACAAAGCCGCUGUUGGAAACAUCCCGGAAAGGUUAUCUAGCCGCGGUAUCUGCGUCUAGUUAUUCCUAUGUUUCUUUGCUCAAACAUUUUCUUCCAAUUAUGAACCCCGGUGGUUCGUCAAUAUCGCUUACGUAUAUUGCUUCUGAGAGGAUAAUUCCCGGAUACGGUGGGGGUAUGAGUUCAGCAAAAGCCGCACUCGAGAGUGACACAAGAGUGCUUGCUUUCGAAGCAGGAAGAAAACAUAAAAUUAGGGUCAACACAAUAUCCGCAGGUCCACUUGGAAGCCGUGCUGCUAAAGCAAUUGGAUUUAUCGAUACGAUGAUUGACUACUCUUUCGCAAAUGCACCUCUACAGAAAACACUAUCUGCAGAUGAGGUGGGGAACACAGCAGCAUUCUUGGCAUCACCAUUGGCUUCUGCCAUUACGGGUGCUCUUAUAUAUGUAGACAACGGCCUGAAUGCAAUGGGUGUGGGGGUCGACAGCCCGUUGUUUAAAGAUCUUAAUGUUCCAAUGGACAAACAUUAGUAAAAUGUACAAGUCGAAAGGUAUGUGUUGAGAAUAAAGUUUUUGAAGUUCCGGCUAGUAGAUUUAUAUCUUAGUUGUUUGUAAGUUAAGCGAAGAUUGUGACAACUUAAUCAUGUAAAAUUAGAAGAUGUAAGUCGUAAAAAUAUCUAUCCUUCUGAUUCCUUGAAA